CCUAAACCCAACAGCGUCAUUUGACUGUAGAAAAUAGUGCGGCUACAGUCUGUGGAUCGAGUCUGUAGAGUCUAAUUUGUGGGAACUUUCUGACACAUCAUGACGACUCACGAGUUUUUUGUUGACAUGACAUGUGAGGGAUGCUCUGGUGCUGUAACCCGAGUCCUUAAAAAACUGGAUGUCAAAUUUGACAUUGAUCUUCCCAACAAGAAGGUUUUUAUCGACUCCGACAAAGACACAGAUGUUCUUCUAGAAACACUGAAAAAGACUGGCAAAACAGUUACAUACAUCGGUCCAAAGUGAAAAAUUACAGCAAGAUCACAAAUGCUGCUUUGAAGAACACGCAGUGGGACAGCCCAUUGGACAAAUCAACAUACGAACAUCCAAUAGCUUACUUUUUUGGGGGACCAUCAAGAUGUUUUGAAGAAACACUACUAGACUUUUUUCAAUCAUGGUUGUUUUCCUACCCUAUCCAAACACUUCUAGAGUCUGAAUGUGAUUGUAUAGACGCACACAUGUCAAAAUAAAGAUUCCUGUGUUUUCUUUAGUUUGUCUGUUUAUCAAGGUUAUCAUGCAUGGCACAGAAAAGGUAUCUAAAAAAGCUUCAUGUUUAGAGGAAAUAAACUUUCUGUAACUGUUUACUUUUCAGAUAAAUAUAUUUACUAGUUUAACAAGUUCUGUUGACACACCUGUCUUUAAACAUGCUUGGAGUACAUGCUUUGUGAUUUAAUGUCAAUCCAAAACUUAAUUCGAAUUCGAAACAAUGUGAGUGACAAAGCCUUAAACAGUGUUGUUGUACUUUGUUUUUAUAAUUCCACAUUGAACCUGAUAUAACUUGGCAAUAUUACACAGUUAUAUGUUUUGUUUUAGGUUUGUGAUGCAAAUGAUUUAUAAAGACAAACAAGAUGAAUACUGUUUUUUCUUGCUUUAUUUUUUGCUACUCUACACCAGUGGGGGGCAAUGUUACUCUUUCAACAAAUUAAAAAAAAUUCUAGGCAGUGGUUUCUAAAUAAAAGCCUUAAUCUACAAUACA